AUGGCAUUGAUCAUCGGAAAGGUGGGACCUUACGACGAAUCGUUGGAAACGUGGGAGUCGUAUACAGAACGUCUGGGCCAGUAUUUUAUUGCAAACGAUGUGAACGAGGAUCUGAAGGUACCCUCACUUCUUUCUAUCAUCGGGCCCAAAUACUACACAUUGUUGAAAAAUUUAUGUGCACCCACAAAGCCCUCUACAAUGACAUUUGCCGAACUCAUUCAGAAACUUACAGCACAUUUAAGCCCAAAACCCUCAGAAAUUGCUGAACGUUUUCGUUUUCAUAAACGAGAUCAGGCUGCAGGGGAGAGCGUGACAGUUUACAUGGCAGAAUUACGUCGUUUAGCGAUACACUGUAAUUUCGGGGAUUCGUUGAGUAAGACUUUGAGAGACAGAUUUGUAUGUGGUUUAAAGCAGGAACACAUCCAGAAACGACUGCUUGCCGAAUCGCAGUUGGAUUUAGAAAAAGCUAUUCAGACAGCUGUCGCCAUGGAAACGGCUAGUCGCGACGCACUAGAAUUACAGGGAAAACGUGAAAGUGUAAAUAAACUUUCUGUGAAUAAAACAAAGAAAACGAACUAUGGUAAAAUGAAACCAAGACCACUACCCAAACCAGUACAGGGAAAAUGUUACAGAUGCGGAGGGGAACACAGAGCAAAUGACUGUAAACACACAAACACAAAAUGUAGGUAUUGUUCAAAAGUUGGACAUUUGGAGAGAGUGUGUCUGAAGAAGAAGCGUGAAAACGGGGGAAAAUUAAAUUACGUUGAUACAGAUGAGUAUGGAAUCGACAACUAUGAAGAUAAUGGUGGUUAUCUGCUGCAUUUCUCAAGCUACUACAGAGAUGUAAACAAAGUCUCGAUAGACCCAAUCAUUGUGACUCCUAAAAUUGCAGGAUCUGACAUUCCUAUGGAAGUUGACACAGGGUCUGCUGUGUCGAUCAUCUCUAAGACUACGUUGGACAAAUUCCUCAAGUCAUACACCCUAGAGGAUACAGAUACUCGUUUAAAGACUUACAGUGGGGAGCAGAUCCGUCCAGUUGGUAAAGUGCAGGUCAAGGUCGAUUUGAAUGGACAGAGUGAAACUUUGGACUUACUUGUUGUGAAGCAGGAAGGACCGACACUCAUGGGACGAAACUGGAUGAAAUUUCUACGACUUGAUUGGAAGGAAAUCAAAUCAAUUAGAUUAUCGAGUGACAAACGGAACAUUUCCGGGAAAAUGACUGUUCGGGAAAUUCUCGAGAAACAUAAGAAAGUGUUUGAACCAGGAAUCGGAAAACUGUCGGACAUCAAAGGAAAACUUACAAUGCAGGAUGGUGUGAGACCAAAAUUUUACAAGGCCAGAGAAGUGGCAUAUUCCCUCAGACCUCGGGUGGAAGAGGAACUCAACAGAUUACAGCAGGAAGGCGUCAUCUCACCUAUCGAGUUUAGUGAUUGGGCAACCCCAAUAGUACCCCUACCAAAGGCAAACGGCAAAGUCAGAAUUUGCGGUGAUUACAAAGUGACAGUUAAUCCUGCCUUGAAAAUCGAACAAUAUCCAUUACCAAAGAUAGCAGAUAUUUUUGCGUCCCUUAGCGGAGGACAGAAAUUUAGCAAGAUUGACUUAACGCAGGCGUACUUACAGAUGGAAGUGGAUGACGCAUCAAAGAACUUGCUUACCAUUAACACACAUAAGGGACUUUUCCGCUUUAACCGACUUCCCUUCGGAAUCGCUUCCGCUCCUGCCAUCUGGCAAAGAGCCAUGGACCAAGUCCUUGCAAACAUUCCAAAAACUAAAUGCAUUUUGGACGACAUGAUUAUUACAGGCUCGACAGAUGAAGAACACUUACAGAAUCUCAGUCUUGUGCUCGAGAGACUUGAACAACACGGUCUAAGAGCAAAUCUGGAGAAGUGUGAAUUCUUUAAGGACAAAAUAAGUUACUGUGGACAUGUAAUAGACAAAGAUGGUUUACAUAAAUCCAGUGACAAAAUAAAUGCUGUCAAGAAUGCACCAAAACCUGAAAAUGUGUCUCAACUGCGCUCAUUCUUGGGCCUGUUGAAUUACUACCAUAGGUUUCUGCCAAACCUUGCUACAGUGGUUGGACCGCUAAAUGAGUUAUUACAGAACAACAGGAAGUGGACAUGGACAUCCAAAUGUGAAGAGUCAUUUGUGAAAGUGAAAGAACUUAUCACAUCAGAACAAGUUUUGUGCCAUUACAACCCUUCAUUACCUGUUCGUUUAGCUACGGAUGCAUCGCCAUACGGAAUUGGUGCCGUACUUUCACAUGUCUUUGAGGAUGGAGCUGAACGUCCCAUCGCAUUUGCUUCUCGCUCGUUGACAAAGGCAGAGAAGGGAUAUUCCCAGAUAGAUAAGGAGGCAUUAGGUAUAUACUGGGGAGUACAAAAAUUCCAUACCUACCUCUAUGGGCGCCGGUUUACACUGAUUACAGACCAUAAGCCGCUCGUUAGUAUUUUUCACCCAGAAAAAUCGCUACCUGCUAUGACUACUGCUAGACUCCAGCGAUAUGCUAUAUUCCUAUCUAGCCAUAAUUACAGCAUAGAGUACCGGAAGACAGCUAACCAUGGAAACGCUGACGGACUUUCCAGACUUCCGCUGACUUCAUCGAUAACCGAUACCACAGAUGAGGAUAUCGACACAAUCUACUACUCAUCACAGUUUGAAAGCUUACCUGUAUCAUGUGACCAUGUGAGAAAAGAGACUCAACGUGAUCCUAUUUUAUCUCAGGUGCUUGACAUUGUGUUACAAGGUACACGGGACUUUCCCUCGGGAAACGAAUUCAAACUUUACAGAAAUAGACAUAUGGAACUCACAGUGCACCAAAAUUGUCUACUUUGGGGAAACAGAGUAAUCAUUCCUAAAACACUACAAAGAGAAGUUUUGUCUGAACUUCAUAGAAGUCACACAGGGAUUGUGAGGACAAAGAGUCUCGCUAGAUCUCAUGUUUGGUGGCCAAACAUCGAUAUUGAUAUUGAGGCUAUGUGUCAGAGCUGUUCAGAUUGUCAACAUUACUUACCAAACCCCGAGACUGCUCCUGUACACCCUUGGGAAUGGACAAAUUCACCAUGGGAGAGAAUUCAUGUCGACUUUGCCGGACCUUUUAAAGGACGCAUGUACUUCAUUGUUGUUGACUCUCAUUCAAAGUGGCCGGAAGUUGUGCCUAUGUCUUCAACAACAUCUACAGCAACAGUCAACGUUUUACGAGAUAUCUUCUCACGUCUUGGACUACCUAAGACAUUAGUUUCUGACAACGGACCACAAUUCAUUGCAGAUGAAUUCAAGGGUUUCCUACGACAAAACGGAGUGAAGCAUGUGACAUCUUCACCUUACCACCCGCGUACGAAUGGGCUUGCGGAACGCUUUGUUAGGAGUUUCAAAACUGCCAUGAAGAAGCAUAAUAAAAUCACAAACAAGGAAAUCAACUCAUUCCUAAUGACAUAUCGCAUUACCCCCCACGCUACUACAGGGGAGACACCUGCCAAAUUACUCAUCGGACGAAACUUAAGGACACGUCUGGAUCUCUUGAAACCUGACAUCAGUGACAGAGUAAAUCUGAAGCAGGACAACAUGAAAUUAUCAAGACAUACAGGAUCCAGCGUGCGCAUAUUUACCAUUGGACAACCCGUCAUGGUACGAGAUUACAGGGGACAAACACCAUGGAUUCAUGCCACUGUUAUAGCCAGUCUAGGACCGUUGACUUACCAGGUCAAAACCGAGGAAGGAGGAGUGUGGCGUAGGCACAUAGACCAAAUGAGGAGAACAUCAGAAAACAUGAGAGAAAGAACAGUUACGGACACUUUAGAUUCUAAGUCAGUAGUUCCGAAUGAGAUAUAUGCUGCACCACCUACAAAUGAUACCAUUUCACCUGGGACACCGACAAUUCCAAGUCGUGCAACACAAAGUACCAAUCGUAACAUACCUUGCGCAGAUCGUUCAACUGGAGGCAAACCUCAUGUCGUACCAAAACAGAUUGUUACACAGACACCACCAUCUUGUGAACGACGUUACCCUGUGCGCGACCGAAAACCAACAAAGCGAUUGAUUGCCGAGUGA